AUGGUGAAGGAAUCAAUGAGAAAGUGUUCGCAUUGCGGGCACAACGGGCAUAACUCUAGGACGUGCAACAACAAUGGCCAUGGCCAUGGACAAAAUAAAGGGGUUUGCUUGAAGCUUUUCGGCGUAAACAUUAUGGAGAAAGAAGAUGAUGCGAUGAAGAAGAGUUACAGCAUGGGCAAUCUGCAGGCGGCAGGCAAUGCAGACCACAACAACAACGUUGUUACAAUUGAUCACGAUGCCGGCUAUCUGUCCGACGGCCUCAUUCACAACAAGAGACACAAAGCCGCCCAUGAGAGAAAAAAAGGGAGGCCGUGGACCGAGGAAGAGCACCGGGUGUUUCUAGCUGGUUUGAAGAAGCUUGGGAAAGGAGAUUGGAGAGGAAUAGCAAGAAAUUUUGUCACCACCAGAACCCCAACUCAGGUUGCUAGUCAUGCACAAAAAUAUUUCCUCAGGCAGGCUACAUAUGAUAAGAGAAAACGCAGAUCAAGCCUCUUUGACAUGCAAUUUAAAGAACUCUCUGAUCAGGGUCAUCAAGAUUCUCCAAUUUCACCAACAAGAACAGCUACAGAAACUUCAUCAGAGGGUAGCAGCUCUAAAGUACUGCCACAGAAGAUUAAUACAGCUAAUAGCUCACCACCAAAGGCAAGCGUUCCGUCUCAGAUUCUAAACCGAUUUCCACAUCUAUGUUUGGAUAGCCCCCCAGCUGCUCCAGUGUCUCCACCUUGCAAUGUUCCAAAUUACCCUGCCGUCCCAUACAUGAUGGGAAUUCCCGAAAAUGUCCCAUACGCCCCAAUGAUGCACUUUGCCAGACCAAGCUACCACUACAUGAUCAAAACACAUGGUAACUUUGCUACUUGUGCACCUGUUAUUUCUCACCCUUCUGGAAUUCCAUCACCAAGGUCUCUUCCAAGCAGUCCAUCUAUGGCCGGCCGUAUCGGUAUAAGCUCACCGGCUGAAAAAGAUGCUCUAGAGCUUAAAAUUGGGCAGCCUCAACCAUCUCAAGGAGCCAAUUUGUCUUCCCCUACUUCUGGUGCCAUCAGAGUGACAUAG